AUGUGCAAAACUUGGAACAUAGUGUACGCCUGCAAGCACACAGUCCAGAUCCGCCUCAGCACAUGCGGUGGCAGCUUUACCACACAAUCAAGGAAAGCCAGUCCGCCUAAGUCGGCUUGUCACAGUGGGCCACUGCUCGCUCUCCACCCAAUUCAGGCAUGCGGACCCUGCCAACUGACGAAUGUUCAGAACAGCCUGUACGCGAAAGUCGAAGCCUUGCAAGCUGUCAGCCUUGAUGCAAACUCUUGGAGUGCACCGCCGAAUCCGGAGCUUGAGGCAGCGGAGGAAGAGUACCGUGACAGAUGCUUUGCCAUCUCUCGCAACUACCCGAGUCAGCGCUACGAGAAGUACGCUCGUCCGGAGAAAAGGCGAGUUGGGACUCGUGGCGGUUAUAGCUUGUUACGUUGCGAAGUUCGGCCGGAGGAUAUUCCCGAGCAUUACAGGACCGAACAAGCUGGGUGGGAUGGCAGUUGGGGUAGCGGCUGGAAGACCAUGGAGGAGGAUUUGGCGGAGACGGAGGCUGAGAAACCCUCCGGAGCUUGGUUUGGCAGCGAAUUGGACGAUGAGAUGCCUGUUGAUCCGCCUGAGUCUUCUUGUGGCGAGCGGGCACCCAUCGGAAGUGUCGAACAACCCGUCGAGUCGCCAUUGGUACCGGCAGUCAAGUGCUUGGCGGUGGAACGCCAGUCAUCCUAUCUGGAAGUCUGCGCCAGGAGAACACACGAGGCUGAGAAUACCCUCCUCUCUGCUAUACAUGUUCCCGAGAACAAUCUCAGCGUGCGGCAAGGUCCAGAUUGUCGGCGGCGGUUGAAGCUGCUCAGCUUCCGAACCCGAAGUUGGAGUGAGUUUCGCGGAGCAGAGAACGACCGUCAGUGCGUUCGGCAUUGGAUGGCGUUCGGCACAUAG